GUGCACCUCGUCACCUGCUCGGCUUUCCUCAGCUCAGCCAACAAGUUUGAAUUUCUGGACAUGGGCUACCAACUCAUGGAGAGGCUGAAGCGGAUUGUAAAGCUCCCUCAUCGACUGAGACCGGUGCAGAGCAGCAAAAUCAACACAGACUACAGGAUUGAGUUUGCCCGCUGCCUGGAGCCCUUAUUGCUGCUGGGUCAGCGCUGCCCUCCCUCUGUUUCCGGAUCUAUAAGUGUCGCAGCAAGGCACCAGUCUCCCCUCUCCGUGUGCUGCCGCUCCCCGUCCCUCAGUGAGAUGCCGCUGGGCUCGGUGUGCGGGCGGAGGCCCACCUGUCACCGCAACAUCUGCACCAAGGUGCUGCUGGCGGAGGGGAGGGAGACCCCCUUCACCGAGCACUGCCGCAACUAUGAGAACACAUACAGG